CCCAAAAUUGUGCAUGUUUCCGCUGCUUCUGUGUGCUGGCGCUGCAUCAGUGCCACGCACAUUCGGCUGGCAGCCGCUCAUCAGACCUUUCCCUCACCUGCGACUCAUCGCACGACGACCAGAUCUGCCCCUCCUCUCAUUCGCGCACGUGCGUUGCCCUUUCUUGACCCUCACCUACAGCAACAUGGCACCGAGUGAGCAACGGGCACAGCGCACCACUCAUCCAUAGAGAUCACCUGCCUGCUGCCGCUGCCUCUGUCUGUUGUGUGUCUGUGUUGACUGACUGUUCAGAGAAAGCCCAGCGGAAGAAGGGUCGUGCCCGCGAUGAGGAUGAAGAUGAGGAGCAGGAUGAGCACGGUGAGGAGCAAGAAGACACAGACGAGCCGCCCAAGAAGAAGACCAAGCAGUCUGGCGGUGCUGGCGGUCAUCUGGAGGGCAAGGAGUGGAAGUGGGUGGUCUCCACCAGGAAGCCCAAGGCGCCCCUAUACCUCACAGUGCACAAGGUCAGCCAGGCCAGGCAGGGGAGAGAGGCCACGGUGCACAUGAUGCGUGAAGACCUAUCACCACAUUACUUACCGUCUGUCUGUCUAUUUGACGUGGUGCUGUUUUGUGGUGUGGUUGUCUGCAAUGAAUGCGUCAUUGCAUUUCAGUACAAGGAAAAGACAUACGUCUCAAUACGGGAGUGAGUAUGCGUGUGUGGCUAAGCUUGCUGUCCCAUACCUGCCUGCCACCAGUGCACUGCCUGCCUCUCUCUGUAUGUGUGUGUUGUCAUGCACAACCCAGGUACUACGUUGAUGAUGCCAACAACCACAAGCCGGGCAAGAAGGGUAUCAUCGUGGUUGUCGAUCGCUCAGACAGACAGGCAGAAGGACAUUUGAACAGCUGAAGUGAUUGAUGUCUGAGAGGGUGGAUCGCUUUCUCUUUGCCCUCUCCCUCUCUCCCUCUCUCCAUCCCUGUCUGUGUGGGACUUGCAGGUAUCACUCUCGAUGUGGACGACUUCAAAAAGAUCCAGGUAGCAAGAGGAAGGAUGUCAGCUGGACGUGACACAUGUGUGCACGUGUGUGUGUGGUCUGCAGGAGUGGGGCAAGCUGGACGAGGCCAUCGAUGGGGUGUCGGGCGCAGAAUAGAUAGAUGGGCAGAUAGCUGGGGCACGUGCUGGAUUCUCCCCCGCCCACCCCACCCACUUGCCUUCCACUGCCUCGGCCGACCAUACGUAGACAGACCGAGCAGACGACGACUUGUACUCACGUGUGGUGUGUAGAUGAGGGAGGGUGUGCCGAAUGGCCAGCUGCGUUGCGUUCCUUGUCACGUCGAACUCAUGGCUUCGGUGUGAUGGUCGAGUGCCGCGCGCGUGUACAUGCGUGUGGCACUCUUCCAUCGCAUUCCCAGGACUCUGAGAUCGGCGUGGGUGAGAAUGCACACCGACAUUCGCGGAUGCAGGCAGGGAUUGAGCGUUGUGGUCCGAGCGGCCGGG